AUGUUUGAUCGGCCGAUCCAGGAUGAGCCGCCCAAAACCUUGUACAUUCCACGCAUCAGUGAUGUUCCUUGUGCUCACGCACCUGCGGAAACCGCUGAGGACAACAGUAAGUACGCCUUCUAUGAUGAACUCAAUGCGUUGAUGUCUAAAAUACCAAGCCAGCAGGUGGUCAUUGUCGGAAUCGACGCAAAUGCGAAGAUGGGACUCCAACAGCAAUCCGAUGUGCUAGGAAAAUGGUGCUAUGCAGCGGAGCGCACGUCGAACAACGGUGACCGUCUGGUCGACUUGUGCGAACAGACGAGCCUUAUCAUCGCUUCCACGUUUAAGAGGAAUCAUCGACGCCAUUAG